AUGUCUGAAGUCGAAGCCAAACUUCCUAGAAAACGGUUCUAUCGUCAACGUGCUCAUGCCAACCCCUUUUCUGAUCAUCAUUUAGAGUAUCCUGUUGAGCCCAAGUUGAUGGACUGGACCCGUCACUUCCCUCAAUAUUAUCCCGCUAAAGAAGGAGAGGAACAAAAAAAGGUUGAAUUUGCAGAUAUUGGAUGUGGUUAUGGUGGUCUUUUGAUUGCGUUAGCACCUCUUUUCCCUGACAAAUUGAUGGUGGGUAUGGAAAUCCGUACCAAAGUAGAGGACUAUGUGUAUGAGCGUAUUAAGGCACUCCGUGUCCAAAAGCCUGGAGAUUACCAAAACGUAUCUAUCAUGCGUAUGAACGCCAUGAAGUUUUUACCCAACUUUUUCGAAAAAGCUCAACUCUCUAAAAUUUUCUUUUUGUUUCCCGAUCCUCACUUCAAACAAAGAAAACACAAGGCCAGAAUUAUCAGUAACACACUUUUGGCAGAAUAUGCUUAUGCUCUUCGCGUAGGCGGUAUUCUUUACACUAUCACCGAUGUCAAGGAUUUGCACAUUUGGAUGGUGAAGCAUUUAGACGAACAUCCCUUGUUUGAAAGAUUAACUGAUGAAGAAUGUGAAAAUGAUCCCGCUGUUCCUCAUGUGCGCACAGCUACUGAAGAAGGUAAAAAGGUCGAGAGAAAUCAAGGAGAUAAAUUCCUUGCUUGUUAUCGUCGUAUCGAGGACCCAUACUACAACACCAAUUAG